AAAGAAAUUGAAGUUCUUAGAGCAAAGCUGGUUGUUCUGGAAGCUAAAGAUCAACAGUUAAGGAUAGAAAUUCAAGAACAAGAUUGCCUCAUUCAGGACCAGGAUUAUGAACUGUCUACUUUGCUCAGCUGGGUAUCACUCAAAGAACUGCAAACAAUAGGCAAAGCCUUGGCUGAUAUUUUGGCAGCCUCCCAUAAAAUUCCAUGCAGGUUGGAUUUUUCGGAAUCUGUCAAAAGGCUUCAAGAAAAAGAGCAGUCACUCAAUAUGUCCAUGACAGAUACUGCUGCCAAAGUAUGUACUAGUCAGAAGUUCUGCAGUACGUUAAGGAAAAAAAUGAGACAUAUUGAGAUUCAACUUCCAGCUCUUCUUGAAACUAAAAUGCUUGCUGCAUCAGGAGGUAAUUUCUGUACUGCUAAAGAUGUUGCAGAAGAAAUUCAAUCAUUAACGGCUGAAAGAGAUUGCCUGGAAGGGCUGCUCCAUGAAUGGUCAACUCUGCAUGCCAAAAAUAUCCAGAAACUAGAGAGAGUGAAAGAAGGUUACAAGAGGCUGAAGGAAGAAAUGGAGCAAGAGGAGUUUGCAUUUGAGAAGAAGUUAAAAGAAAACACUCUCAAGUAUAUGGAAAUGUUAGAAGAAAAACUGCAAAGCUGUGGAAGAAGCCAUCUUCUAGAAAAAAUAUGCGAAGUUGACUUAGAGGCCUGUCAGCUGUUGAUCCAUGGGUUUCUGCUCAACAAAAAUGGCUCUUCUGUUUCUGAGGGAGAAGAGAGCCAGACUGAGGAAAUGGAGGGUAUGGAAGAUGCCUCUUUAACCCUGAAGUGGGAACAUUCAAAAUGCUUUUCAGUUAAUAGCUCCAAGCACGGAGCUUUUCGACACCCACCUAUUGGAAGCAAACAACAAAGCGCACACUGCGAACUGAAAGAG